AUUAACACAGAUAUAUGUCAGUGAAUAUCAAUUAUGCAAAGAGUUACACGAAGCUAUGCUUUAACGGUCAUGAUGUACAGCCAACACAUACACUGUUAGUAGACGAAUACUUAUAGAUGGGGGGUAGAGAAAGAAUGGAGAAAGGUGGUGCACCCCACAAGAGCGACAAAAGAGAAGGGGAGGAGUUCCAGUCUCAUAUACGACUUGGCUUAUGCGAGGACGAAAAAGGGAGGCGUAUCGAGUUAGGCGGAGAAGUCGAAAGCGAGUCGGUCGGAGUCAGUCGUUUGCGGCACAUCAACGCGUUGGGAUCAGUAUCGCGUGAACUUGACGAUCAUCAUCAUUUAAAUUUUAUCCUUUUUUUGAUUUAAUAAUUAUCGGGAGAUGACAUUUGGAAUAAAAAAAAAAUAAUAAUAAUAAAAGUGAGGAUUCUUCUUACGACUGAAACAUUGCAAGAAGAUUUCAUUAUCGAAAAAUUAAGUUUUCAGUACGUUAACGUUACGUAUACGUAAACAAAAUAUACGAUUAACAGGAGUACUCUUCAUAGGGGUUCAAACGAGGAGACCAUAAGGUGUCGUUCUGAGGCCACGCGACCCGUGGGAGGAUCGUUGUUCUGCUCUGUUGAAUCGUUAAACCACCCUUGUAUCGCACCCAACGAAGAGACCAACUGUGACCACUGCUGGCACAUGUUAGAAAGGAAAGCACCCUUCUUAAAACCUUUCCUUCUUCUUCUAUGUUUCUUCUUCGAUUACGACACGCAAAGCACACUUUUUGUUCUUUAUGACAUCUCAAUGAAAAAACAUUGAAAAGUAACGCAGCAUUUUGUGAAUUUAUUGGAAAUUGAAAGGAAAAGAUGAAUAACUUCAAGAGAUACCAAAGCAAAGUAUUUUGGGAACAAAUGUCAUCGCAGGAUUUAAAGAAGGAUUCGACGAUACGUAGAAAAGAUCCCGUUGAAGUUCUUCAAUUUCCUCCUCCUCCUUCUACAGAUACGGAUUAUCCUUCAGAAAACGAUGAAGAAAAUCGAUCCUCCAGUUUACGCGAAAAUAAUUUCACGAACGUUGAUAACGUAACCGUCAUACACGUUUGUCCGAAAGUUAAUGAACUGCAAUGCGAUGAUGCAUUGAUUCAAUGUAGAGAAAACCCAACGUUACUUCAAAGAGAGAAAACGGAUAUCACUGUUGGUACACACGAAAACAAAGAGAAUACCGUCGUUUCAGGGAACAGAUCCCUCAGUCCUCUCAGCCAAGAUCUAAAGAGUUUAGAUUCUGGUUUCUCUGAUUCCGAACGAUCAAAUUGCUCGCAGACUUUAGAAGAUGAAAGUCCGCAGAGACGUAGAAGACGACGUAGGAAAGCUAAGGAAAGAAAUCGUAGAAUUCGUCAUAAAAUUGGUUCUCUUUGGUCGGAAAACGAUUUAAUACCUCGACCGACUUGUACUUCAACUCCGAAGGAUCUUAAAAUACGAAACUUUCAACGAGAUGACAGAACGAAGAUUAGGGUGACUGCUUUACCUAAUCUUUCGUCUAGCUUGUUAGAAGACGAAUCGUUAAAUUCUACGAGAAUAACAAAAGUACCUGCAACGAAUCUUUCGUACGAUUUCUUUUUCAAUUUUCAAAAUAUUGAUGACAAGAUCGAAUUGCCAGUCAAAACUUGGUUAAAUGACUUAACAACAGAAACUGCAAAUGAAUGUUGUAUCGCUCUUCAAAGUAAGAAUCUACCUCGGCGAAAGCAUAACGAUUUGAUUUCGGAGGAGGAUCAAAUGAAAGAUUUGAAGAUGUUAUCUUCUUUGGCUACGGCAGCUGCAAGCAAGCUUCUCGUUAGAGCUGACCAAUUUGAACGUCACUAUCAAUAUAUUUUAGACGAGGUGUCGCAUUCGAAAAGUGGCAGAUUACAAAUGGAGCUAUUACGUGCCAUCGAGGACGAUGCUUUUUCAGUUUUAUCGAAAUUAGGAGCACCGCCACCUCGAAGAAUUCAGCAAACGAAUUUAAAAGGAAUUCUCAUGCAAUUAGACAGUAUGAAAGAUUAUGUCGACAGUGCCAUUAAUACUCGUUUAGAUUUUUAUAUCGAGAAAAUAGUAAGAUGUUUGGAAGAAGUCCCGAAGGAAGACAGUAGUGUAGCUAGAGGAGCUCUGGCAGCUCUCACGGCUUUGGGUUUAGCCGGAGCACGAGCAGGCAGCAGUAUCGCGAGAUGUGCGGGAAUUAGGGCUCUUCUAACUUCUCUCAUUUCUGCCAUUAGGAAAUCAAAUGAUUACGUAGCCACGUCUCUACGCGCUCUGUCGAGCGUGUGCUGUUCAAGAACAGCAAUUGAGCACUUCGUUAAAGACGACGGACCGGAAAUCGUGAUUGACCUCUUGUCCAGUAGAACGUCGUCGGAAAUCAACAAAAUGGAAGCUACGGCUUUGAUAGUACAGAUAACAGCACCAUGGACCAAUGCCGUAGGCUUACCACAUGUUGAACCAUUUGCGGAUACAUUAAUUACUGCUUUAGGAAAUCUUAUUGAAAAUGUGAAUUCGGAACAAACGUUACUGUUGACAGCCGCUGCGCUCAAUCAAAUAUCUAAAUCAAGAAAAUGCGCUGAUAUUAUAAUACGACAAGAUACAAUAAGAAAUUUAUUGAGAAGCGUGAAAAAAUCAAACGGUGGAAACGUUUGGUUGAUGCAGCAAGUGGCUUCUCUCAUAGGUGAAUUGGCACGUUUACCAGAAGCUCGAGAAUACUUAGCUAAAGCACGAGCAUCCGUUGCAUUGGUUUGUUUUCUUAGAAUGAGACCUCCAGGUUUAGAGGACGCAUAUCAACGUUUAGAGACCACGGCUGCAGCUGCUCUGAUAAGGCUUUGCGUAGAUCCAGAGAUAGCGAGACAAGUAGUUGCAGUUGGAGGUGCCGAUUGUCUUCCUACAUACGACGUGAAUUAUCUUCUCACUGAAGAUGAAGAACAAAUAGAAGCUGGUCUUCUAAAGUAUACUAAAUCUUUAAGACGAGCAUGCAAGAAAGCUGUGAAACAGAUAGACGUAGCGAGAGCACACGAUUAUUUUAAUUAAUUUUAUUAAUUCU